GCCUCCCUCCCCUCCAUACAUGCAUACACGCACACACAUACACGCACGCAUACACGCGCACGCAUACACGCACACGCAUACACGCACACGCAUACACACACAUAUACGCCGCGCCUCGCCUCCCGCAUAUGGACGCACACGCGCCCUGUCCCGAGUCCAGCAUGGGGAAUGACAGCGCCAGCGACGGCCCCGACAACACCAGUGACUUCGCAGCCCCCCGGGCAGAUCUCGUCCCCAUGAGCGAGUUCACCGAGGACGAUAGCGAUGGGUAUGACGAGGAGGAUGAGGACCGCGGCGCCCCGCCGGGGGACUACUAUCAGCCCCUGGGGGAUGGCCCGGCGUCGGACGAUGAGCUGGCCCUGGCCAUGGCAUACGGCCUGACCACCAUGGAUCUGGAUGGCGAGGGCUUCGACUCGGACGGCACGAUGUCCGACGAGCCGGAUGCGGCCGGCCCCGCCACGGCUCCCCUGGCCGACCUGGAUGACGAGCAGGUGGACUCGCUGGUGAAGGCCCUCCUGGCGGAGGAUGACCGCCAGGCGUCGCUCUUUGUCAGCCCGGGUGCCCUGCCUGCCCGGAAGGCUGGCCGCCCAGCCUCGGCCCCGGCUGUGGAGGGGAGCGGUGUUGGCCGGCAUGGCCGUGACUCCUCGGCUCGCGGCCUGGAUGCCGAGCUGGACCCGCUGCCCACCCUCGGGGGCGACGUCGACGAGUUCCUCCGCGGCGAUUAUGUCCAACUUAGUUCCGGCCCAAGGCCAACCUUCCUCCUGACAUCCCGGCCCACAGAGGCCGAGGACCAAUCGCUCGACACCGAAACCAUCCGGUCGAUCAUGCAAGGGAUCUCCUUCCCCGCGAGCGCCGUCCCGGAGUGGGCCGGUCACGUGGACGAAGCAGACUGGCUGCCGGUCAUCCGUCGGAGGGAGUGAACAUGGCGAAAGUCCAGCACCCCCGGGCUGGCACCUAUGCCGGAUUGUUCUGCUGCGCCCCACUUACAUUCUCCUACUCAAGAAACCAGUUUCACCGUCA